GAGACUUGGACUAGAGUUAGCCACACGGUCCACACGCGAAGGACACGAGAGCUGUACACUGCCAACCCUUUCCACUCUUCUGGUCCCACUGUUAGAGGCUGCGCUCGUCCUCUGCAUCCAUCACUUGUCACAACUGUCAGCGAGAUGGAAACUACAACCAUCACCACCACGCAGACUGCAUUCACCUUUGGACUUACUGAAAGACACGCCAGCCUCAGCCUGCACGCCCCGGCACAGGACUGCGCUGUCCCCGACGUGCACCCCAUCAGCAACGCUGCCGGCUUCCAAAGUAAAACCAAGGUGCUGAAGAGACAGCGCUCCAGCUCGCCGGAGCUCCUGCGCUGCAAGCGGCGUCUGAGCUUCAACGGCCUCGGCUACUCCAUCCCUCAGCAGCAGCCCGUGGCCGUGGCGCGGCGGAACGAAAGAGAGAGGAACCGGGUCAAACAAGUCAACAUGGGCUUCCAGACGCUGCGCCAGCACGUGCCCAACGGCGCCGCAAACAAGAAGAUGAGUAAAGUGGAGACCCUGAGGUCGGCGGUGGAGUACAUCAGGGCUUUACAGCAACUUCUGGAUGAACAUGAUGCUGUGUCGGCUGCUUUCCAGUGCGGGUUGCCAUCCCCGACAAUCUCCAACAGCUAUUCUGCCGAACCGGAGUCGCCUCACUCCACCUACUCAUCAGACGAAGGCAGUUAUGAGCCACUGAGCUCCGAGGAGCAGGAGCUGUUGGACUUUACAACCUGGUUCGACAGGUACUGAGGCUGACAGCACCCAAAGCAUACAACAGCGUCUGUGCCUAAAAGCGGCUGACUUCGUUCAGAAAUGCUGACAAAGACUUGGUAAAGGCGUCAGAUCAGUCUCGCCUCUACUGCUUGGAAGUGAUCUGUUGCCUCCCUCCCUCACCCGGGCUGCUUCUGCAGGAGCAAAGCAAUAGUGAGAAAGAGAGAGAGAGCGAGAGAGAGAGAGAGAGAGAGAGAGAGAGAGAGAGAGAGAGAGAGAGAGAGAGAGAGAGAGAGAGAGCGUGUGAGAGAGAGAGGGAGCCUUGAGCAUGAAUUGUCGCCCUGAAGUCCCCACAAGAAGGAGCGAGUUGGUGUCACGUCGACGCGUGGAAGUAAAAAACUGUUGAUGUUAUGUUUGAAUAAGUGCAAUUAAUACGUGACACAGCAAGGCUCUGCAGAGACGGCUCUACAGUUCCAGAGGACUUGUUUGAUGAGUGUUUCAUAAGAGCAGGACUGCCUUCCUCUGCUGCCACAUCUGUUGGAAGGCACAACACAGAUAAACAGACUUUUCUAGUGAUGUCCAAUGUUUCCUCCCUUUUCAUAACAAAAGUGUAUCAUACAACGAAUUGUUUUAACAUGAAGACAUAUUUUUGUAGAAUUGAGUCAAACAAACAAUGUUCUUGAACAACAGCCACUGCCACUUUUCUUGACAGUGUUGUGAGAGCCAGCUGUCAGUGAGGCAGUGAGUUGGCAUGUAUGAGUUGUGUGACUGGACAGCAAUAUCAAGGCUACUACCUGUGACAGAUUGUAAUUGUGUGUUUUUUCUUUUAAACAUAAGUGGUAAGGAGACCUUUAUCAAUGUAUGCACUUGUUCUCCAUUUCCCGUAGCCUAAAAUGUAAAUAUUUGAUUUUAACAGAUAUAUUUUGUGUAAGACAAGUUUUAUAAAUAAAUAUGAAUCUAUUUAUAUUA